GUAGAAUCCACUAGUUGGCCGUUCUUCUUUUCCAGUCCCCCCACCCGCCAACUCUGACUCCCCCUUCCUCCAGCACAAGCACCCCUCUGAACAAGUUGGAGACUUCCUUUGCGGUCAAGAACCAGAACUCACCCCGCCGCCCGCGCGGGGCAAGCGAGCUUAACUGCACCCGUCGAUCUCCCUCCGGAUUCCGAUCUCACCAGCGCCUGCAACUUCUCGUACAAGUCGCAAUCCAGAGGCAGCGGUGGUGGUUUCUGCGGAGAGCCAGCCAAGACAACUCUGUUCUAGUUCGUCAGUUGAGAAGAAUUGCGAUACCAGGAAAGGCUUUGUGUGCGUAUACAGGGCAUGGUGAUGCCGGUGGGAAUGUGGAGCUCAGUUGCAGUUGCAGAUAGCACAGACGAAUAUGACAUGUUGCUCUGAAGUCUCGAGGUGCUAGUGCUGUGUGGCCGGGGAGUUCGUCCGAGAUGCCUCCGAACGCUAAUGGCAGCAACGACGGGCACGAGAUCGUCGAGGUCGUCGGCGAGCCUGGCACGCAGUCGGGGACAAUGAGACUGAUGGACUUCAUCCCCAUCUAUAUCCCGACGGUGGAGAGGGGCGCGCUCAGCAAGAGCCGGCGCAAGCGGCGGUUCUUGGACUUCCUCCGCGCCCAGCCGUCCAAGGAAUGGUUCCUCCGAUCUACCUUCGUAGGCCGCCUCCGCCGCAGGGGCCAGACGUCGACGGGGACAGAGCCGGACUCUGACGAGGGUGACAGCACCGGCGGGCGCCGCGGGCCGCGGAGGCGCUUCCGCGUGCCAUUCGUGCGGAAGAUCAAAUGGGGGAAGCUGUGGAGCUACGCGGUGAGCUGGUGCAGGAAGCCUGCCAACUUCGCGAUGCUCAUCUGGCUGGCGUUCGUCGCGGCGGGGCUGCUGCUCCUGCUCCUGCUCAUGACUGGCAUGCUGAACGACGCCAUCCCCGACGACGAGCGGCGCAAGAAGUGGACGGAGGUGAUCAACCAGAUCCUCAACGCGCUCUUCACCAUCAUGUGCCUGUACCAGCAUCCCAAGAUAUUCCACCACCUCGUUCUGCUCCUCCGGUGGCGCCCCGACGGCGACCGCGAAGAGAUCCGGAAGGUGUACUGCAAGGACGGCUCCGCGCUCCCGCACGACCGCGCGCACAUGCUGGUCGUGGUGGUGCUGCUGCACGUCACCUGCUUUGCCCAGUACUUCUGCUGCGCUCUGUUCUGGAGCUACACACGCAAGGACCGCCCGGACUGGGCGCUCAACAUUGGCUACGGCCUCGGCACGGGCUGCCCGGUCGUCGCCGGCCUCUACAUGGCGUACGGCCCGCUGGGACGGAAGCAGUCCGACGAGCCCGACACGGAGUCUUCGUCUGCCGAGGCGACACAGGGGCAGGACAAUCGGACCGAGAACGAUGGCCGGGACGUGGAGAUCAAGAUAUACAACCGUCGCGUGGUGGUGAGCAGCGCGGAGUGGAGCGGCGGUCUGUUCGACUGCUGCGACGACAGGACGGUGUGCGCGCUGUCGGCGACGUGCACGUUCUGCGUGUUCGGGUGGAACAUGGAGCGCCUCGGAUUCGGCAACAUGUACGUGCACGCCUUCACCUUCAUCCUCCUCUUCGUGGCGCCGUUCCUCAUCUUCAGCGUGACGGCGCUGAACAUCUACGAUGACGACAUCCGCGACACGGUGGUCGCCGCGGGCGUGCUCCUGGGCUUCUGCGGGUUCCUUUACGGUGGGUUCUGGCGCGCGCAGAUGCGGAGGCGGUACAAGCUCCCUGGCGGGCGCGGGUGGUGGUGUUGGUGCGGCAGCCCCACCGUUGGCGACUGCGCCAAAUGGCUCUUCUGCUGGAGCUGCGCGCUGGCGCAGGAGGUGCGGACGGCCAACUUCUACGACGUGGAGGACGACCGGUUCGUGGUCAUCCAUGGCGCGCGCAACCGGGAGGGGCGCCCCGUGCUUGUGCCGCUGCCGCGCGAGGCGUCCACCUCCACGCACUUGCGGAGCCUGUCGUGCCCGCCCAAGAUCGACGCGGUGGACGGCGGCGGGGUGAUGAGCCCGCUGGGGGCGGAGAUGGCCAUCGCCAUGGAGAGAUCGGCGACGUACCACGCCAUGAGGCCGCCGCUGCCUCCGCUGAUGCAGAUGGACCAAGAAGAGUAGUGGUACUGUCUACCACGUGUGUCUGUGACUCUAUACGUACGUACGUAUGUUGUAGUAGUCUGCUAGUGCUGCAGAUGAGCACUCAUGAGCUCCCCCUGUGUAGAGUAACUCGGCGAGCUACUUGGCUUAUACUAGAUACGGAUUAUAUUUUUGUCUAAAAUUUAUUCGAGAGCUAGAUUAUAUCA